UCGCCUCGUUAGUGCAUGACAAGGUUGGCUGUGAGCUGCGGUCGAAUUCUUGCUGGUGAAUAUAUUGAAUUGAGCUCAACUUUCUGUUUAGCCCUCUGCUGCGGAUUCAUUGAGUGGGAGUUGAUACGCGCGGAACAAAAACAGCGACAUGGUGCGCGACAGGCUGCAAGAAAUGAAGAUUAUGAUAGGUGACCAGUCCGGAGCGAGGAGCUCAGUACGUGAGCCAGUUAAUCUACAGAAGUCCAUGGACCAAGUCUAUGAGGACAUUGCGAAAAUUGAGGGCUGCGUCCAACAACUCUUCAACGCUCACAAUGAAGUUCUCUCAUCCAUACCGUCGAGGACUACAGCUCGAAUCGAUUCCAUCGUCGAAGAGAUUCAUCAGACGGCGACAGGUGUCAAAAGUUAUUUGAUGAAACUCAAAGGAUCUGUUGACGCGGAUGACAAAUCCGCCAAAGGUCGCAUGAAAUACUCACAGUAUACGGCACUGACCAAGGCAUUCUCCGACGCGAUUUUCGAGUUCAACGAGGAGCAGCUGAGGUAUAGAGACAAAUGUAAAAAGCAGAUACGAAGACAAAUGGAGGUUUCUGGCAGGCCAGUUUCCGAUCAAGAUCUCGAAGAUAUGCUCGAACAGGGAAAUGUUUUCGUCGAUAAUUCGUCCGCGAUGGCGAUCGAAGAAGCUAGAGCGGUUGUCAACGAGGUCAAAGCGCGCCACAGGGACAUAUUGAAGCUAGAAGAGUCUAUCCGACAGAUGAAGAAACUUUUCGAAGAUAUCGCCUUCAUGAUCGAGGAGCAAGGGCAGGUCGUGUCUCGGAUAGAAGACUACGUCACAACCGCCGUGGACUUCGUCGGUAAAGGACAACAAGAUCUCGAGAAAGCAGAGUCUCACCAGAAAGCGGCUCGCAGAAAAAAGUUAUACUGUCUCGCCAUCGUUGUGAUCGUCAUAACUAUCAUCAUCAUUGUGGUGGCAGUCGUCAAGUGAGAGUCCUUGUCGGUUCAGCUUCGAAAUCUCUGCUUGCUUACAUUCCUGCCAUUCCGGCCUCGAUCCACCUACUCGAGCUACUCGUCGCGAGCCUAGGAAUAGAUUCCGACGUCCCGGACUUCAGAGAAGGAACCUCAGUGGAGGGGUCUGGGGGCUUGGAAUGAUUGGAGGGGCAACUCCUCGCUGUGCUCUUCAUGCUCCCCCGAUGCUAGUCCAACCGUCUUGGCUCGAAUUCCCCGUGGAGCGACCAUAAUUGCUGAAACCUCUUCAGUUCACCUGAUCGCCUAGAAUAGGCAAUAUUGCUGUCAGUUGCGAGCUCUCGAUUAGAUCUUCUCCCCAUAAUGAUCAACAUUGAUGCAAUAAUUUCUCUGCCCCAAUUCCUCAAUAGGGGUGGUCGAAUGAAAUGAAUACACAUGGACAAAAGGAGGUCUUGAUUCGAUAGUUUCGGUGGAGCAGAGAACGCGCUUGGGUGCAACGACCAGGAUCAUUUUGGAUGAAAUGACUCGAAAUUUGAGACUCUACUUCACCCGAGCUCUCGGUGGCCGCCCUCAGCAGGGGAACGAAAACGAGUAAAGCCUCGCCACCAAAGCGCGUUAUUGAAUCGAAAUUCCGUGGUCGGAUCAACGGCAUUAUCAAUCGAUGCGUCAAAAGUUGGACAGCCAUCGGAUAGAGUUAGCGCUGUCGCGUGACGUGAGUUGCACCUAGCUGUGAGUCAUCAGACGUCAUUGUUCGAUGAUAGAGCUUUGGGAAUGGAUACCCAACCAUCGGUAGUAUCAUGUAGACAUAGCACGUCAGAAGUGUAGUGUAAAUUUCGGAUUUGAUUUUCCCCAGAGAACUGUGUGCCGAAAAUUCCUCCCCCAAAACAUGUCGUCCGUUUUCCAAUGGUGCCCCAGUCUGUUCAAAAUGGGCCUUCAAAGGGCCUCCUGAUGCAAAUUGCCUGUCCGCUAGGUGCUUCGAACAUAGGAGCUUGAGAGCAUCUUCCUCCAAGAAUGUCCGAUGGAGAGUGCCUUUUUACGUCCGAUGAAUAAACGAUGUCGCAUGU